AGGAUCAUCCGCGGCGUCUCGCGUUUAAACCGAGCGCGAGGACAUGGGUGCGCAGCCGUGAAUUCUUCCACAUCGCUCGCGCGUAUAUCGACUACCAGAAGCUGUCACUUAUCAGACAGUUAUUUUAAAGCAAGCUUAAAACCAUCUGUCACUGCUCAGCACUUGUGUGUCAUCUUACCUGCACUUUGCCGUGUUCGGGACUGAGGUGAAUAAUGGACCAGGACAAGUACCUGCCCGAGCUGCUGGCUGAGAAAGAAAGCUUGGAUCCGUCGUUCGUGCACGCGAUGCGCCUUCUGGCUGAAGAAAUCGAAAAGUACGAAGGGGAUGAGCUUAGGAAAGACGGCGAGGUGAAGAAAUACCUGGAUGUCAUCAGCAACAAAAACAUCAAGCUGUCAGAGAGAGUGCUUAUUCCUGUGCAGCAGUACCCGAAGUUUAAUUUUGUUGGGAAACUGCUCGGGCCCCGGGGCAAUUCCAUGAAAAGAUUACAAGAGGAAACCGGAGCGAAGAUGUCCAUCCUUGGCAAGGGCUCAAUGAGAGAUAAAGACAAGGAAGAAGAGCUGAGGAAAAGUGGGGAGGCCAAAUAUGCCCAUUUGAACAACGAUCUCCAUGUUUUAAUUGAAGUCUUCGCACCACCUGGAGAGGCGUAUUCCCGCAUGAGCCAUGCCUUGGAGGAAAUUAAAAAAUUCCUGGUUCCUGAUUACAAUGAUGAGAUCAGGCAAGAGCAGCUGCGUGAGCUGUCCUACCUAAACGGCUCUGAUGACCCAAGCAGAGGAAGGAGUGUCCGAGGACGUGGCAUACGGCUCACCUCCACAGCUGCCACACGGGGUCGAGGGGGAGCAGUGCCACCUCCUCCACCUGGCCGAGGAGCCGUAGUGCCCAGGGGAACUGUGGGUACACGUGCAUCCCUGCCCACCACCAUGCUAACUAGAGGCGUCUCAGCACCGCGGGCCAGAGGAACAGCAGGGACUCCUGGAUAUAGAGCGCCUCUGCUGCAGGCCACACACAAAACCUACGAUGACUAUGGUUAUGAUGAUGGAUAUGAUGGGGAAUAUGACGAACAGGGUUAUGAGGCCUACGACGAUGGUUACAGCAACCAGUCCAAAAGCGGUUCAGAAUAUUACGAAUACGGCCAUGGAACUAAUGACGAUACCUACAACAAUUACGCAGAAGAGGAGUGGACUCAGCCACGGCCGAGCCUCAAAGCUCCAACUGCAAGACUUUCACGAGGGGGCUACAGAGAUCACCCCUAUGGUAGAUACUAAAGGUGCUCCACAUCAGUGAUCUCCCCUGCCUGGCAUCCUUACGUAAUAAUCUAAAAAAUAUAAAAUAAAAAAAACACACACACAAAAACAUGUAUUAGGUCAAAAUCUAACCUCCCCUAACCAAGGAGCGAGAAACUGCAUCCAGCAUAUGGUUUUGAUAACACGGAUUAUUCAUACAUCUAAGAAACACAAAAGGAUCUUGCAUUAAACAAAAAGACUUCCAUUUGAAUGCUGCUUCCCUUUAGUUGUCUAUUGUUUGCUCCCCUGAACCUAAAGCAUGGAGUUACCUACAAAAUGAUGCUUCCUUGUUCUUGGCUACCAUUUCACCAAGGCAACCGUUCAGUGUUAGACCCCCUCUCCCCUCCCCCCAUAUUGUACAUAACAUCUUUCUUAAUACGUCUUGAUUUGAUGACGGUAAAUACUGAGUUUGUAUAUUUUGAUUUUGAUAUCGCUACUGGGAUUGAAAGCAAUCAGCUAUGUAUGUAGCUACCUACAAGUGAUCUGCUGUGUGUUUAGCCUGUAUUUGUACAUAAAUAUGUAAUAAAAAGGACAUAAAUCACCUUGUGUAAGCUUCUCUAAAUAGGUGGCCAUAAUUGUUAAAUUUUUUCUUGCCAUAAUUUGUUAAUAGAGCAUCAUUUUUUUUUUCUUUUUUGGUAAAAUUAGAUAAGCACAUACUUGUUUUUAAGUAAUAAAUGCCUGUUUUAGUUCAGGAAAUUGCUAAUAUGUUCUUUUUUAUUUUAUACUUAACAAAGAAAAGCAGAAAAAAAGUAACUUUAGAGAAGUUGUGAAGACAUUUUGUGUAACAAUAGAUAAGCAUUAAUACAAUUACGACUUUGUUAAAUAAUUUUAACUCUAGCACUAAAUUGUUCAUUGAAUAUUGACUCGUCAUUUAAAUGUUUAAGAUGUUAAUGGAAACCAACUGUUUAGAUCAAUAAACUGACUUUUUUUAAACAUAUCCUUUAAGCUUGACCUUAUUAAACCAAAACUCUGGCUUGUGUGCACUAGCGUGACUGUGAAUGAUUCGGAGAUUGAGGAGGUAAGAACAGUAAGAUUGUCUAAAUGCCUUCAGUCAUUGGUGUUAGUCAGUAUAACCCCAGUAUGUGAAUAUGGCAGAUAUUCACAAUGUUUCAUCACUCAUUCGAGUGAAUGGGAUACAUUUAAACUGCUAUGUCUCUUUUACCUUUAUUCUUAUUCCAUUGAACAUCAGAAAGCUGCAUUUGUGUUGUAAUACCAAUGCUUUUAAAUAUCAGCUAUUGAAAGUCACUACCUUUUAGAGUCCUGAACUUCCUUCUGUGACUGUUAGAGCUGAAUGCCGACGCGUAUUAAGAGACUGAAAGGAUGACUAAACAUUAAGCAGGUAACCCUAAUAAUAAUAACUCUAAUGUUGCGAAUGCCAGUCAUAAAUUAAGUUACUUACACUUAAAAAAGUAAACCUACCCUGUCUAACCCCAAAUAAAGCCGCUAAUUACAGUUAACUAGCACCUUCAAAAAUGACUCGCUAACGCAUAAGACAAAAAUUAACAUUGUAUCCAUUAAAAGAACUAAAACUGAUGUUAAUACCUGAGCAGUUAAACUAAGCUUUUAACCAGAGCACGAGGAAUAAAAAGGAGAUGGUUGCUUCAAAUCAGACUCUCUGUGACAGCUUUUGUCCCGACCCACAAAUUGGUUUACUUUUUUGAUAGUGGCACAGGCUUUGUCAUCCUGUUUUUAGCCCUUACAUCCAUCUUGCAUGUCAUUGGAAAUUUGUUUUGACUUUUCGUCUUUAUCCAUUGUCUGAAAUAUUUGUAAUAUAUCAUUAUCAACACAACG